UUACUCCAAGUUACGGAGAAGCACCAACUGCUUCCCGACCCGCGGUGCUCCGUUCACAAAACUGGUUCCCUCCUCGCCCCGACCCUCGCCGCUAGCGCUCCGCUCAGGCCCCGCCCCCGGAAGCCCUUCUAACUCAGCUCAGUUUCUUACGGAACCGGAAGUGGGGAGUUCGGAGUGAAGGUCGAGCUGCAGGGGAUUUCUUGGAGGCCUGCCUGCUCUCUCCUCUUUAUCUUUUGUACUGGAAAAGCUCUUUGGAAGAGGAGGAAGGGGAAAGCACAGGAGUCAGGAAUGACUCUUUCUCAGGCACGGUUGACCUUCAAGGAUGUGGUCAUCGAGUUCUCUCCAGAAGAGUGGGAAUGCCUGGACCCUGCUCAGAGGGCCUUGUACAGGGACGUGAUGUUGGAGACCUACAGGAACCUGAUGUCUGUAGAUCUCUCUCAUAUACACGUGAUCAAGAAAUUACAACUAAAAUCAAACACUGAUAUAGGAGAAAUAUUCCAAACAGUGCUGUUGGGAAGCCAUGGAAGCUGUGAAAUCAAGCAUUUUUACCUACGGGAAAUACAGGAGAAUAUGCAUGACCUUGGGUGUCAGUGGAGAGAUGAUGAAAGAAAUUACAAAAAUAUCCCUACAUCCCCUAACGAAGAUGUCACUUAUAGAAGAGUUCGACAUGGUGGAAGGGAUUCAGGAAAGAAGCCAAUUGCAGAUAGGCUGGCAUUAAGCUUUUUGGAUGAACUGCAUAUGUUUAAAAGUAAACAGAAAAUUUAUGAAUUUCAUCAAGCUGAUAAGAGCAUCAACAAUAGUACCUCGUUUUCACCAUCUCAAGAAAUUUCUCCUACUGGCCAAUCCAAAAUUUCUAAUAUACAUGGGAGUGAUUUUAUGCAUCUUUUAAUACUGACAGAAGACCAGAAAGCACACAGGGAAAGUCCUUACAAAUGUAAUGAGUGUGGCAAACCCUCUCCUAAGGGCUCAAACCUCAGUAGAUGUCAGAGAAUCCACACAGGAGAGAAACUGUGUAAAUGUGAUGUGUGUGGCAAGGUCUUUAAUCGAAAUUCACACCUUGUAAGUCAUAAGAGGGUUCAUACUGGAGAGAAACCUUAUAAAUGUAAUGAGUGUGGCAAGAGGUUUAGUCAAAAUUCACAUCUUACAAGUCAUCAGAGAAUUCAUACUGGAGAGAUGCCUUAUAAAUGUAAUGUGUGUGGGAAGACCAUUUAUUCUACCUCAGGCCUCAGGAGACAUAUGAUAAUCCAUAGAGAAGCUAAACAAUAUAAAUGUGAUGUAUGUGGCAAAGUCUUUAAUCAGAAUGCAGUCCUUGCAGUUCAUCAGAGAAUUCAUACUGGAGAGAAACCUUACAAAUGUGGUGAAUGUGUCAGUGUCUUUAGUCAAAAAACACACCUUACAAGUCAUCUGGUAACUCAUACUGGAGAGAAACCUCACAAAUGUAAUGAGUGUGGCAAGUUUUUUCGGGAUAAGAGAACCUUUACAAGGCAUCAACAAAUUCAUACUGCAGUGAAACCUUACAGAUGUAAUGAGUGUGGGAAGUUCUUCCGUGAGAAGCCAACCCUUACAAGGCAUCAGCAAGUUCACACUGGAGAAAAACCUUACAAAUGUAAUGAGUGUGGCAGAGUCUUUAGUCAAAAUUCAAACCUUGCACGUCAUCAGAGAAUUCAUAAUGGUGAGAAACCUUACAAAUGUAAUCAGUGUGGCAAGCUCUUUAAUCGAAAAGGAAACCUUUCAGUUCAUCAGAGAAUUCAUACUGGAGAGAAACCUUACAAAUGUAGUGAGUGUGGCAAAGUGUUUAGUAAAAAUUCAAACCUUGUGUGUCAUCAGAGAAUUCAUACUGGGGAGAAACCUUACAAAUGUAAUGAGUGUGGCAUAGUCUUUCGUUACAAACAACGACUUCGAAUUCAUCACAGACUACAUAAUGGAUAGACACCUUGCAAAUGUAUUGAGUGUGGAAAAGCCUUUACUCAGGUCUCAACCUUUGCUACACAUCAGAAAAUCCAUACUUAAGAAAAACCAUGGGCUUCCCUGGUGGCGCAGUGGUUGAGAAUCUGCCUGCUAAUGCAGGGGACAUGGGUUCGAGCCCUGGGCUGGGAGGAUCCCACAUGCUGCGGAGCAACUAGGCCCAUGAGCCACAACUACUGAGCUUGCGCGUCUGGAGCCUGUGCUCCGCAACAAGAGAGGCCACGACAGUGAGAGGCCGCGCACUGCGAUGAAGAGUGGCCGCCGCUCGCCUCAGCUAGAGAGAGCCCUCGCACAGAAACGAAGACCCAACACAGCAAAAAUAAAUAAAUUAAUAAAUUCCUACCCCCAACAUCUUCUUUAAAAAAAAAAAGAAAGAAAGAAAAAGAAAAGCCAUAUAAAUACGUUGUAUGUGGAAAGGUCUUCAAAAUUCAAACUUGAAAAAAAAAUUCAAAUUUGAAAAUUCACACCUUACAAUUCUUUGGCGAAAUCACAGUGGGGAGAAAGUGUACAAGUAUCACGAGUGUUGUAAAGUGUUUGUGUGUGUGCAGCCUCUCUUACCGCCAGAUAAUCUAUAACAGAAAGAAACCUUGAAAGUAUAAUGACUGUCUACAUGUGUUUAGUCAAAAUUCAUACCUUAUAAUCUGCCCAAGAAUUCACACUGGAGAGAAACCUUGCAAAUGUAAUGAGUGUGGCAAAUUCUUCAUUGUGCUUUUAAGCCUAACUGAAUAUCAGGUAAUCCAUGAUCUUGAGAGAGUUUAACAGUGUAGUGAAGAGUCAAGGCAUUUAGUAGGUGUCCACAUUUUCAGCUUUAUUAGAAUACUUAUUCUGGAAAGAAACCAGAUAAAUGUAAUUAUUGUGGCCAGGUCUUUAGAAAAGGAAUUUAUUCACCAAGUAAUUCAUUCUGGAGAUUACCUCACAGAUGUUAUGAAUGGGAAAACCUUUCCUUGGGGCUAACAGCUCACCAGGCAUCAGAUAAUUUGUGCUGGAUUAUUAUGAAAUUAUUCCUCCUACGUUUGCAUCUUUGCUACUGUACUAUUGUCUGUCCCAGAGGAAUCCCGUUUGAGCUGGGAGCACUUCCCCCACUUCUCAUAGACUCUGCCUCUUAGUCUCAAACAGCAAAAUACUCCUCUGAUUGCUUCCUGGUGCCAGGACUACCCGCUUAGCAUUUUGUAACAGUGUUUGGGGGAGAAGGUGACAGCCAGUCUCUGUGAUGUGUUUGUGAUUCUGACGUACCAUUUUCUAGAACUGCAACAUAACUUCAGCAGAAGUGCAAGGAUAGUGCACACUUGGUGUGGUGAGAAUGUUUCUGCAAAACUUUGUUUCCAGUUGCCAAUUCCCUCAAACAACUACAAGUUGCUAAUGAACAUCACUACAGUGUAGCAGAGACUCUUCCUUUUCCUUGACCCCUUAUUUUCUUAGUUUACACAUUUUUCUUUUACUUUCUUGAGCAUUCACCAAUAUAUUACAUUUUAAAUUUCAAUUUCAUUUGUAAGUUUCUAGUAUAUAGAAUUGUGAUCGAUUUUUGCAUGUU